AAGCUGGUGAAAGUGACGUACGCAGUUCAGUCGAGCUUCUCAACAGCGGACAGUGAAGGUUACCUGCUUCAACAGUGCUUGAACGGCAACCUUUCAGCUGUCUUUUCACACGGGUCGUGAUAGAAAAUCCUUACAAACCUACUGAUAUUCAUUUUUGAUUUAAAACGAAUAUCUUUUUGUACCAUUCUACCGCGAGAACACGUUUAGCAUCACAGCUAUAUAGCUAUCUGUUUGUUUUGCUAACAACGACGCAACACCAGUCAGAUUUUCACCUCGCGAGAAAAGACCUGUCACCAAAUUUUGAACUAUGACUUCCCAGAUAAGACAAAACUUUCAUCAGGAAUGCGAGGCUGCCAUCAACAGGCAGAUCAACCUGGAGCUGUACGCCUCCUAUGUCUACCUGUCCAUGUCUUACUACUUUGACCGGGAUGACCAGGCAUUGCACAACUUUGCCAAGUUCUUCAGUCACCAGUCUCAUGAGGAACGUGAGCAUGCUGAGAAACUGAUGAAACUCCAGAACCAGAGAGGUGGAAGGAUUUUCCUGCAAGAUAUCAGGAAGCCAGAAAGGGAUGAGUGGGGCAGUGGGGUUGAGGCUCUUGAAUGCGCACUUCAGCUUGAAAAGAGUGUCAACCAGUCACUGCUGGAUUUGCACAAACUGUGCUCCAGUCACAAUGACCCACAUUUGUGUGAUUUCAUUGAGACUCACUACCUGGACGAGCAGGUGAAGUCCAUCAAAGAACUGGCAGAUUGGGUGACCAACCUGAAACGCAUGGGUGCUCCUAACGGCAUCGCUGAAUACUUGUUUGACAAACAUACCCUGGGCAAGGAAAGCAGCUAAAUCCAUCCCUGGACACUCGAUGCUUCAUUUGUGUAUCUGUCCCUUGCUUUAUAUAAGUAUUUUAAAUGAGUAAGUCAUCAGCAUGGUAGUCACUUAUUAUCAUGUCAUUGCCAUAUUAGCUAAAUACAUAAGGAAAAUGCACAAGAAGUUGCAGCUUCCAGCCUUUUCUGCUUUGAGCAACAUUCCUGUUAUCCCCACAUGUACUGUUUUGCCAGGAUCUGUCAAUCCAAUGAAAUAAAUGGAGCCCUCUGGAUUCUGA